UCUCUCUACUCGACAUAAAGCAAAACUUUCCCAAGUACGCACUCGUUCUGCGCCUCUUUCACUGCUCCUGAGAAUCCCGACGCCCAUGGCUCGCUGCAAUGCUACGCUAAUGGCGGUGUUCCUCGCUCUUUUUGCUCUCUUCGGUUUGGCUCUGGCCGCCGAUGCUCCGGCUCCGACCCCGACGGCUGGUGCUGGCUCGUUCUCGCCGUCAUUUGUCUCGGCUGUCUUUGCGGUCGUCGUUGCUUUGCUUCUCGGCUCCUCGUUCCGGAUCUGAGCUGAGAUUGCUUGCUGGCCGUCGUAUGCCAUUCGCUGAUUGUGGAUUCAUAGGUAUCUUGUUGAGCGGUCUGUUUGUUUUCCAUUUUAUUACCAUAUGGAUAUAGUAGUAAAUCUAGAGGCUUUCCGUGCGUGAGAGUAUCUGAGUUAUAUGUAUACUAUAGAAUAGCCGUGAUUUGUAUUGCACAGUACGAUUGAUGUUUGGAUUAUGGAUGAUGAUGGAUUUAUAUGAUUUCUAGUAGUAAAUUAUAAGAAUUUUG